AUGGGUCAGGAAGGUGCGGUCAGCCACUAUGUCUUACUGGGUGUGGGACAUACGGCCUCUCAAGAGGAGGUCAAGAAGGCACAUCGCCUUCUGGCUCUCAAAUGGCAUCCUGACAAGGUGGACGAUCCGGCGGAUGAGAUUGCCGUCCGUGUGGCAACACAGCAGUUCCAACUUCUACAGGCAGCCUAUGAGGUGUUGUCCGACCCACAAAAGCGUCGCACAUACGAUGACAGCUUAGGGCUACUGGGAGCACCAUCCUCCUCCAAGCCGCACGUCCGCACAUCUCCCUCCACAGCAAGCUGGGUGCACAGUGAUGCCGCCCGGAUCCAUGUGCCUAGCGAAGUGCCGUCCAUAGCUGCUGCCGUUGAUCGACUCUCUAUCAGCGGAGGUGAGAUCCUCGUGGCUGCCGGAACGUAUCACGGCCUGAUCGUCAUUUCCAAGCCACUUGUGCGGAUCAUCUGCAAGUCACCUGACAAGGCGGUCAUCAGAGGCCAGGUCGUAUUCAGGGAAUGUGCGGGCGGCGCCCAGCUGAGUGGCUUCACCAUAGACGCAUCAUGCAACGGUGGCGCCAUUGACUUGAAGGGAGUCGCGGGGAGAAUCCAGAUUGACCACUGCGACGUUCGAAACGAUGCAUCUGCUGGAAUUGUGAUGGAAGGCUGCUCGGGAGAUACUUCUAUUCAGCAUUGUCGCGUGCAUAGCUGCAAAUACGACGGUUUGGGCCUCCACCUCCUCAAAGGAGACACAACUCACACUGGCUCCUUGUGCAUUGAGAAAUGCACUUUCGAGGACAACGGCUAUGACGGACUCUACUUGGGAGACCCUCGCUUCAGUGCGCGCCUGCACGAAAGCUCUGUUCUCCGAAACCAUCGCUAUGGCGUACUCGUCCGCGGUACAGACUUCUCAAUGGAAGGCUGCACCUUCACUGAGAAUGUGCAGGAGCAAGUGAAAAUGGAGGCCUUUGUGCACAAGGAAAACCCUCGUGGUACUCAGCGGAUUGGGAAGGCUAGGGAAGUUUCUGCAGAACUACCAGAAGGUUGGCGCGCUUUUCGCAACUCGGAGGGGCUCGUCUACUAUUACCACAUGGCCUCCGGAACAACAAGAUGGUCCGUUCCUGGCAAAGAUGAUGGCGUUGAGCCUGAUGCUUUGUCGGUAAGCUCUGCUGACUCGACGAUUCUUACCCUCUUGAGCUUGUCGGCCUUCAAAAAGAAGGGCGAUCAUGCUAUCUUCAUCUUCUGGAGCCAGCAGUUUGGUGAUUGGAAGAUUGCAGAGCGGCUCCAGGAUGAUGGUGCCUGCUUGGGCUUUGCAGAAGACAUGCGAGGUCGACGCAGGCCUUGGUUGCAGCAUCCUCCUUUGCGAUGGCGCCUGUGGGAACCCACAGCACGGCGAUUCGUGCCCAAAAGGCUCACCGUGCUCGAAGGGACGGACGCGGGAGGACCAGCGUGGCAGACUUCUCAGGAGUCGCAGGACGACUCGGAUGAUGAGGUACCAUGGUCACGGCCACACUGGUCCCAGUGGUCCACCGCCGAUCUAAUUCGCUGGUGCGACCGGCGCAACGUAGACCUCAGCGGUUGUUUCGAUCGAGAGGCUGUUGUUGACCGUGUUGCGGCCGCUGCAAAGCAGGACAUGGCACGUGACAGCGAUGGCUUUGAAAGGAGCGACUCUGUCGGCCAGGUCCGGGUGGCCUCAAGGGUGAAGACAGACGGCUCUUACACAAGGCCACCGACACUGGACCGUCGGAAUUCCCUAUACGGCAAUCGCGUUGAGCGGUUCUUCGGUCCUGAAACUGAUGUGCUGCCAUGGCUCUACAGCUCCGGAGACAAGUCCAGGCUCUACGGGGUGUUUUUCGGAAAUGAGUUUGCCUACAGCUUGGUUUGGAAGAAGAAGUUCUGGGGCCGACCCGGACACAGGUCCACCCGUGAGGAGCGGUGGUAG